AGUGCAAAAUACAACCCUACCGUGGUCAAGUGUCAAUUUUGACAAGCAAGCAACUUCCGCCGCUCUCGCCAUUCCUUUACCUUUCUGACGGGCAGACGUAAAGCUGGUCUUUUGAACGACCCGCAAAUAAAUCUGCUUUUUUUGUUAGCAUCUUUGAAUAAAACUGCGUGAAAAUGGUUGUUAAGAAGCCCAGGCCAAAGAAGAAGCCAGUGACGAAGAAGGUGGCCCCAGCUCCAUUGGCCGUGAAGAAACCAGUUGUCAAGAAAGUUGUCAACCAGCUCUUCGAGAAGCGUCCCAAGAACUUUGGCAUUGGCCAAAAUGUGCAGCCCAAACGGGAUUUGUCGCGUUUCGUGCGUUGGCCCAAAUACAUUCGCGUCCAGCGCCAGAAGGCUGUGCUCCAGAAGCGUCUGAAGGUGCCGCCACCAAUCAAUCAAUUCACCCAGACCCUGGACAAGACGACAGCCGUCAAAUUGUUCAAGAUGCUGGAGAAAUAUCGUCCCGAAUCGAUGUUGGCCAAGAAGCAGCGCCUAAAGAAAAUCGCCGAGGCUAAGGUCCAGGGCAAGGAAGUGGAGCCCAAGAAGAAGCCCAGCUAUGUUGCCGCUGGCACCAACACCGUCACCAAGCUCAUCGAGCAGAAGAAAGCCCAGCUGGUCGUCAUCGCUCACGAUGUGGAUCCCCUUGAGCUGGUGCUUUUCUUGCCCGCCUUGUGCCGCAAAAUGGGCGUGCCCUAUUGCAUUGUGAAGGGCAAGGCUCGUUUGGGGCGCCUCGUGCGCCGCAAGACGUGCACCACUUUGGCGCUGACAACCGUCGAGAACAACGACAAGCCGAACUUUGGCAAGCUUCUCGAGGCUGUCAGGACCAACUUCAAUGAGCGUCACGAUGAGAUCCGUCGUCACUGGGGCGGUGGCAUUCUUGGCUCGAAGAGUUUGGCUCGCAUUGCUAAACUGGAGCGUGCCAAGGCUCGCGAGUUGGCCCAGAAGCAGGGUUAAUUAAUCAGUUGCAGUUGCAGAAGCAUAAGCAACUAUUGUAUGCCUAAACAAAUGGACAACAACAACAAACAACAACAAAAAUAAACAUUUAAGUGUACAAUUUACAACUAUUUUUUUUUUCUGUAUGUAUAAUGAUGAGUGAGAGGCGCUUGAACGGGCUCAAGUCUACGAUGGGCGUUCAAUAAAUUGAUAAGCUAUCUA